UUAGAAGUCAAGACAUCUGGAAAAACCCAUGGAGCUGCUACCUAGAUUUCUAUUGAUCGCCGUUCUGGUGAUGCUGAGCUGGCAGUGGACUAGGGCCAUGCCCUCCACCCCACCGAAAAACCAAGCCAACGUAGUUUCCAUAUCCCAGCCCGGUAUAACCAAUAUAAAUCCCUCAGAUAUUAUAGUGCAGAGCAUCUUCAACAUUAAUCCACAAGACUGCCCAGCUGGGUAUAUUCGUACUGGUCCGCAUAAUGUUUGUCGUAAAAGAGCUUAGAAGGAGGAUUACCUACAUUUGCAGUUUGAGAAGAUGGAUAAUGUAUCAGUGAAAAACUCAAGCCUAAAGAGCGGCGUUAAUUGACUAACAAAUGCCAGACGUGAACGUGCCAAAAGUGAUUUUUAUGUAUUUAUAAACAUAAACAAAUCAAUUAUAUAAAUACUUGCAGUAA